AUGUACACCACCAGAAAGACCAGCAUCGAGGUUGAUAAACUGGAUGGUGUGGAAGUUAUGUCACAUCCAGCCUUUAGUCCACACAUUGCUCCAUCUGACUACGGUCUUGUCCGAUUCGAUGCAGCUCUUUAUGAAAGUUAUGGUCAUGUGGCUCCGAAAACCCCUUAUGGACGCAUCGUCACAAUAUUCUACGCUGUGCUUGGCAUCCCGUUGACGUUGCUAUGUCUAACAAACAUAGGAAACUUGAUGGCUGAUGGCUUCCGGAUCCUCUAUGGAAAAAUAUGUUGUGGAUUAUGCUGUCUCCUAUUUAAACCUCGACGAUACGGCAGAAGAAGAAGAAGACACAUGCACGACCCAGAAUUCUGCAACUGUGAGAUAAUGGAACGCAAAGUGGAGAAGAGCAACGAGGUGGUACAGGUGCCGACCUCUCUCUGCAUCCUCCUGAUCGCGGCCUACAUCUUCGCGGGGGCCCUCCUGUUCUCGCUGUGGGAGAAAUGGGACUACCUGACCGGAUCGUACUUCUGUUUCAUCACGCUAAGCACGAUCGGCUUCGGCGACAUCGUGCCAGGGACCGACAUCAAGUCCUGGUCCCAGCAGGAGAAACUCGUGCUGUGCGCCCUCUACCUGGUCAUCGGUCUGUCGCUGAUCGCUAUGUGCUUCAAUCUGGUGCAGGAGGACGUGAAGGCCAAGUGCCGUUGGUUGGGACGAAAAUUUGGUAUCAUCGAUAAAGAUGACACCAGCAUGAACUGAACAGAGGUGGAGCAGUGUGUAAGUGGCAGUGAUGGUGGCACGGAGGUGGUGGGAACCUGUUGGAGGUGGCUAUUCUUAUCUAUUUUUUUGUUUGGUUUUUUUAAUUACACACUCUUUUUACUCUCAACCCCACACAUAUACAUAAAUAAACAUAUAUAUAUAUAUACAUAUAUACACAUAUAUAUAUA